ACACUUCAGCAUUGGCUUCACUUUUCAGACCCGGAGGUCGCCCCUGGUCCAGACUCAUUGUCAGAAGCCCCUGUAGUAUAAUGCGCUUCAUGGUGUCUAAGAGGAAGUUUAAAGAGAGUCUUCGUCCCUAUGAUGUAAUGGAUGUAAUCGAACAGUAUUCAGCCGGACACUUGGACAUGCUCGCCCGCAUCAAGAACCUCCAGUCAAGGGUGGAUCAGAUAGUUGGUAGAGGGACACCAGUCGCAGACAAGGACCGUCCCAAAACGGCCAAUGAGGAACUUCCCGAGGAUCCAAGCAUGAUGGGACGGCUGGGGAAGGUGGAGAAGCAGGUUCUGUCCAUGGAGAGAAAAUUGGACUUCCUGGUUAACAUCUACAUCCAGCGAAUGGGAAUCCCUCAGGCCGAGACCGACGCCUACUUUGGAUCCAAGGAGCCCGACCCGGCCCCGCCCUACCAGAGUCCAGUGGAUCAACUGGAGAAGAGCCAGUCCAUCUCCAAGAUCCCACAGGUGUUGCCUGGCGAGCACACACAGAAGAGCUGUUUCGUGACAAAGAUGGUUCGCUCCAGCAGCUCCACCGGAUCCAGGAACUGCAACGCCCCCACCUGCCCACCCUCCACCUCCUGGCAGCCAAUCAGCUCCCAGCAGGUCCCGCCGCCUCCCCACCUCAGCCACGGCAACAUUCCGAGUCCAGUUGGGGAUGGGUCACUGGUUCGACUCCCACCUCCUCCGGCCGGAGAGAGACACGGCGGGAACCGAUCGCACCGGCACAGCACCGGAGACCGAGGGGGGGUAGAGAGACCGGAGAGAGGAGGAGGAGGAGAGGAGGUGAAGCCGGACAGUGACGCCUCCAUACCAUCCGUGGACCACGAGGAGCUGGAGCGCUCCUUUAGUGGAUUCUCCAUCUCCCAGUCCAGAGAGAACCUGGACUUCAUCAACAAUAGCUUCUACCCCUCCGCCAACCUGGGAGACCACCGAAAAGGAGGAGGAGGUGGAGGUGGAGAAGGAGGAGGCGCCACCAGCUGUGCCACCGUCCGGCCACACAUCGCAGAGGGGGAGUCGGACUCUGACUCGGAGCUCUGCGCUCCCUCGCCACACUCGGACCGGGCCUGGACCAGAACAAAGUAGAGCCCGAGGUAAACCAGAGCAGAACCAGCAGAACAAUUGAAAGUGAUACUCAAAAUUACAACUAUAAAACUGUGAAGUGAAACUUGUACAAGUUAACUUUAAAAACACCAGCUGGAGUCUCAGAGUGAAGCAUCAUGGGAACUGUGAACGGCCCAAAUCACCGGGUGUCAGGCUGGUUUUAUUCAUGUGAAUGUUUUAACCUGUACAGCAAAUGUUUGUUCUCACUAUCACUGAUGGGUUCAGUGCAUGGACACGGUCGCACCUAAUUGGUUCACUGCGUGGACACGCUUGCACCUGAUUGGUUACUUGUUUCCAUAUUUAAUACACCUGUAAAUUUAUUUUGUCUCCAUUUCUUGUCCAGAGCUCAAACACAGACUCACCGUUCGUCUUUGGAUAUUCUUCAGGUGAAGAUAUUCAGUCCAUUUAUAGUUAAUUUAUUUUGAUUAUUUACAGUUUCUGUCCGUGUACUGUCAAUAAUUACACAAUGCUGACAUUAACUUCAAGUUAAUAUAAUAUUUAAUACAUCGAUUCAAAGGCUACAUCAAAUGUCAUGAAUUCCACUGAAGUCAGAAGCUGAGAUGGUUACGAGUUAAAACAUUUCCACCUCCACCGCGCUGCCCUCUCGAGUCUCUCCACUGACUUUGUAUGCAAGACGUUCUAUUACAGAAUAACUUUUUUUCUCUUAAUUUGUUUAUUUUCUUGGAAUGUUGUCCCAACGUAAACAAAUAUAUAUUUGACAAAG